CAAUACAUGUGGUUUCGACAGCUGAGGUGCACCACUCCCUAGAGAUGACUCUGUUUAGAACCAGGUAUCCAUGACACAUCUGACUCUCGUUCUAGGAAUCCGCUCCCAUGGCUGCCGAUCGGUCAGUACCUAGGCUACUGACCUGGCUGAUGCUCCGAGACACCACUGUGUCGACUCGUCUGUAUAAAGCCACUGAGCAUCUAACCAUAUUUCGUUCCUUCCUCAUCCUCCUCGAGCGAUCCGGCGAUGGCCGUCUGCUGCUCCCACUCGCCUUCGCGCUCUGGCUCUCUCCCGUCUUCACCAGCGCGACGAUCCGUCAGAUCUUUCUAGGAAUCUUCCUCGCGUGCAUACUCGAUCUGGCGAUCGUCGGCAUUCUCAAGGUCGCAUUUCGGCGGCCGCGUCCGCACUACAACCGCGGGAUGCUGGUCGUCGUGGCGCCUGAUCAAUGGUCCUUCCCCAGCGGUCACGCGUCUCGCGCCAUUAUGAUCGCCGCUCUCCUUUUCCACCUCCUCCCACCGAUCUCAACCGAAUUCGCCCAGCUGCUUCCCUCAAGUCUCAGCCAUCUGAUCCCGACGGAUCUACACCGUCUGUUUCCCGAAACCCUCAAGGACACCUUAUCAGCCGAUCUAAGCCCGGAAUUUAGGGUUUGGUCUCUCAUGGCGGCGGUUACCGCGUGGGCUGUGACGACUGCGGGGUCGAGAGUGUUCCUAGGACGGCAUUUCGUGCUGGAUGUCGCCGUCGGCUGCCUCCUAGGUUUUCUAGAAGCCCUGCUAGUGACGCGGAUGGUCUGGCCGUCCCAAGAAGUUUCGGAGAAGCUGCGAGAGCUGGCUGUGACUUGCGGUCGAUUCCAGGAAGGAUGCAGUCUGGAUGAGAUUCGCCGAACUCUGGGGAUUUGAUCUCAUCAUCUGAUGCCACUGACACGUCAGCUGAAGCUGUGGGGUGCUGAUGCUGUGACUUGUGCGGUAGUACCGACAGGUCGCAGUCAAGUCAAUAAGGACGACUGGCUAAAAGGAAUGGCCAAUUUCUCCGAAGUUCUCCAGAAUCUCUUUUACGCUGUUCAUGCUGCACUGAGUCUUCCAUUCCAAUACGUUCCCGUCUGGCGAUAUGAUAUUCAUUCUACUCCCCCUCCCUCUCACGGCACUGGUACCCACUGCUGGGCUACCCUACCAGCCUACCACCUUUCCUGGACAUGUGAUCGCUAGUCCCUGUGAUGAUGGAUUUAGUGACAUGAUGCUUGCACACUCGCACACAGCAGCACACCCCUGUGCUUGCAUGCAGCCAUGCUGUCUGCACUGCACAUGCAGCGUUGCUGGCCGGUGUGCUGCUGCUGUGUGAGCUGCAUGUGAGCAAGUGCGAUGCUGCGGCAAUUCUGAGGGACU